AUGUCGCAGGAUCAUCCGUCGGCAACCUCGCGUUUUACACCGAAGUCAUAUGCGACACCAAGGAGGCAUCAUAAAUAUGAUACCGAUGAUUUACCGUCACAGCCUAUCAAAAUUGGGUAUCAAAAAGUCACUUUAGACAUUGAUUUAGCAGAGCAGUCAGUGCUUGGAGAGACUGAAUUGACCGUUCUUCCGCUCAAUGCUAGUGUCAGGCAGGUUAAACUAGACUGUAGAGGAAUGCAGAUAAAGGACAUUACAGUGAAUGGCAAAAAGGCAAGCUACCAUUAUGGUGACUUCUUCCAAAACGAUGAGUAUCUCAAUGACACAGAAAACCCAGUGCUGGCCAACUAUGAAUACAACCCAAAUUAUGACACACAUUCCGAAGUGGUAAAGCUACAACAGCAUCACUUUUACAGAGCCAGGUUCUAUCCAUUGUUUUCAGAUCAGAAUAAUCAAGGGAAUCCUUCUUCGUCAUACCCUGAGAACACAUCGGAAUUGGUAAUAUACAUUCCAGAUUCUAUCAAACUAAGGCUUCACGAUCCAACAUCAAAACAAACGUUUUCACCCAACGUCAGUUCUACCCGGUCGCACACACCUUUGACUACCAAUGCUAUGAUGAGCUCUGAUAAAGUAUACACUCCGUUGAAUAUCAGAAUUAGCUACCUGAUCAGGAACUCAAAAAAUGGAUUGCUAUUCCAUGGAGGAAAUGGCACAACUAUCCCAAAGAACAGGUGGUUCUGCUACACCUCGAACAAUGAUCUGGGAUGCAGUGCCAGCUCAUGGGUUCCAUGUAUAGACAACUUUUACGAAAAACCUGCGUGGGACAUAAACAUAAUUGUGCCUGAAACGGUGGGUGACAUAGGAGAGACCAAAUUGGUUGGCUCCGAUGAAGCUAAGAAGGCUUUAAGAAGAAUGGAAACUGAAGACGAAAUGGAUGAAGAACAAGAAGAGCGCGAUGAUACUCCAUUAAUAGUGGCAGUUCCGGAUUUGAUCGGUGUCAAAGAAUCGCCCUCUCCUCUGGAUGUCGGCAAAAAGGUGAUCAACUUUCAAUUUUACAAUCCAGUUCCUGCUCAUCACCUCGGCUUUGCCGUGGGCGCGUUCGAAAGCUGCCCAAUCUUGGACGUUAAGCCAGGUACUGAUGAGUUGGUUCCUUCCAAUGCCCUGGCAAAUUUUGCAGACAAGGACAUUAACAACGCCACGAACUUCUCUGCUGAAUCCAACUCUAAUAAGGUGCCGACUAUGCUUUACUUCUUGCCUGGUCGGAAGGAGGAAGUUCUGAACACAACAGUUGCAAUGUACAAAAUGUUUGACUUCUACUCAAAAGAAUUUGGCUCAUUCCCAUUCCCUAGCUACACGAUGGUCUACGUCGAUGACAUGGCUUGUGACUCUUGUGCAUUUGCUGGUAUGACAAUCAUGUCUUCGAAAUUGCUGUACAGCCCAAAGUUGAUAGAACCUAUCUUUGAUGUGACAGAAAAGCUGGCAGUUGCUCUGUCUGAGCAAUAUUCCGGAAUCAACGUUCUUCCGAAAUCGUUGAAUGAUUUCUGGUUGGUAAUUGGUAUUUCGUACUUCAUGGCAGGUCAGUUUCUGAAAAAGCUUUUUGGAGUCAACCGAUACAGAUACGAAGUCAAGCUGCGCACCGAUUACCUCUGUGAAAUCGAUGUCGGGAAAAGGCCUUUGGCCAAUCAGUUGUUUCGCUUUCCGAUAAAUCUCUCCCAAGAUAUGGAAUUCAUAAGGCUAAAAGCUCCUUUGAUAAUGUUCAUUCUGGAUCGCCGUAUGACUAAGACUGAUAAGUCAUUUGGGCUGUCUCGUGUCAUCCCCAAGAUUUUUCUCCAGGCUAUGUCAGGGGAUUUGCUUAACGGAAAUUGUUUGUCAACCGCCCACUUUCACCAUGUUUGCGAGAAGGUGGCUCAUCAUAAGCUUGAGUCAUUUUUCCAAAACUGGAUCCAUAGUUGUGGAGUUCCAAUUUUUCAAGUGACGCAAAGAUUCAAUAAGAAAAGAAUGUUCAUCGAGAUGAGCAUUCGCCAGAUACAAAAGAAUAAAACUUUGAGGAAGCAGUAUCAGAGAGAACAUUUCGUCGAUGAGGCUAAUAUGUUUUUAUCUGAAGAGGAGACUUUCUCUGCGCCCAAUGUGUUUACUGGGCCUAUAACUAUCCGUAUUCACGAAGCAGAUGGUACGCCGUAUGAGCAUAUUGUUGACAUCAAGGAUCCCGUCACCAAAUUGGAUAUACAAUAUAACACAAAGAAAGAACGAGAAAAGGAUAAAUUGCGUGGUGACGAUGAUGAACCGACGGUGAAGAAGUUGGGAGACGUGUUCAUGAAACCUAAGGAUCUAGAAGAUUGGGGUUUCGCUGAAAAACAAAAAAUUGAAGAAAAUGACUACGAAAUCCUUGGAGACGCCUUCGAAUGGCUGCGUGUGGAUGCAGACUUUGAAUGGAUUUGCAAGGUCUAUAUCAAUUUGAAUGAAAACAUGUUUGAAUCCCAGUUGAGACAAGACCGAGAUGUGGAAGCACAGUUAGAAAGUGUCAAGUUUUUUUCGGAAUCGUUGCACCCAUCAAUCUAUUUUGCAACGGUUUUAAUGAGAACCAUACUUGAUAAACGGUAUUUCUAUGGCGUUAGGGCCCAAGCGGCUUUAGGACUGGCCAAGCUUUCAAAGGAGGAUAACGACCAUCUAGGAAUGAGAUUUUUGCUCAAAGCUUACAAGUACUUUUAUUGUUACAACAACAUUAUAUCGAAAGGAUAUCCUGAGCUGGAGCCUAAUGAAUAUUUACCGCUGCCUAACGACUUUUCGGAAUUCAGUGACUACUUUGUUAUGAAAGCCAUUGUGACUGGUCUGUCAACCGUGACAAAUAAGAAUGGCGACAGUCCGAUUGAAUUGAAGAGAAUCAUGCUCAAUAUUCUAAAAUUCAAUGACAAUAAUAAUAACUAUUUUGAUGAUUCCUUUUAUCUUGCCAACUUCAUCACUUGUUUGUCAAAUUUGAUAGUCAGCUCGAAUAAAAAGAUCCCGAACCACAAUGAAUCCCAUGUUGAGAUGGACAAAAGAAAUCUUACAGACCCUACCGAAAAGUUCCUGAUCGAGUCCAUUGUGGAGAUAAACAGAGCCGCGAAGAUGGACCAAUGGUCUCCCUCCUAUCAUCAUAUUGUUACAGUGACAAUGCUUCAUGAGAAAGUGCGUUUGGCCCUACUGGGUCUUGUUGACCUCUCCUAUAUUGACUUGAUUCCAUACACUAGACCCUUUUACGAUUCGGAUAUUAGACUCAAAGCCUUUGAAAGUCUUCUGCUGUUAGGUGGUCUGAGAAACUCGCACGUCCUGUCGCUACUCUUCACAACUUUAAAGCUUGAGACUUCCCAUUACCUUCGUCACCAUUUGAUCCUUGCUUUGAUGCGAGCAGUGGGCGCGGCUGCCGUGGACGGAGUGUUUCCUAACCUCGAAGACGAUGAAUUCUUCAGAGCGAAAAAGGGUGAUUCCGACGAAAAGAACAACACCCUCGUAAUUGUCGAGGACAGUGGAGCAGGUAAUGAAAUGAAAACCCGACGUGACCAGCUGUCUCGACUCACCAUGAAAGGAGCAUUGGAGAUUCUUCGCAGGGACUUGAGCAUAGGCACGGGACUUCGCAAAGAACUCUGGCUGGCAAUUCAUUCGUGCUUGCUGUCUGUGAGCGCGAAACGAAAUUUAUUUGAUGUUAUAGAAGUCGUCUUCGAAGCGAUUGACUCUUUCAAGGUCACCACGAAGCUUCCGAACGAGAGGAAAUUGGUUGCUAAGGUCACUGAUGUUAGUAUUGAGCCUCAUUCUGAGACGUACAAGGUGACAUUCAAAAGACAAGGGAGACUUAAAAUACAGAUUCCAACUAUCAAGCUCAAGGUC